CUCAGGCUAGGAUGGCUCCUCAGGUCUAGACAGUGAGGCCAGAGCAGUGCCGGAGAUCCCCAUCCAAGUGACAGUGGGACUGGGACAGAGGAGCUGCCGCAAGGAUGUCUAAAGCCAAGCCCCUCAGCUCCUCUUGCUUCGUGCUUUCCUUUCUCUCCUUGCACUGGGCUUUGCUCCAGCUGGGCCAGGCUUUUCCCAGCACCUCCAACUACCUCCAGCGGGGCUGGCAACGGCUGCUGGAGGAAGGGGAGGGCUGUGCUGAGUGCCGGCCGGAGGAGUGCCCGAUGCCGCGUGGGUGCCUGGCUGGCAAGGUGAGGGAUGCCUGUGACUGCUGCUGGGAGUGUGCCAACCUGGAGGGACAGAUCUGUGACCUGGACAACACCAACCACUUCUACGGCAAGUGUGGGGAGCACCUGGAAUGCCAGCUGGAUGCUGGGGAUUUGCGUCAUGGAGAGGUGCCUGAGCCACAAUGCACCUGCGUCUCCCACCUGGCCCUCUGUGGCUCUGAUGGCAAAACCUACGCCCAGAUCUGCAGGUUCCUGGAGGUUGCCAAUGCCCACCCUGAUGCCAACCUCACUGUGGCCCACGAGGGUCCCUGCGAGUCAGAGCCUCAGAUCACCUCUCCUCCCUAUGACACUUGGAACAUCACUGGGCAGGACGUCAUCUUUGGCUGUGAGGUCUUUGCCUACCCCAUGGCAUCCAUUGAGUGGAGGAAGGAUGGUGUGGAGAUGCUGCUGCCUGGAGAUGACCCCCACAUCUCUGUCCAGUUCAGAGGUGGCCCCCAGAAAUAUGAAGUGACAGGCUGGCUUCAAAUCCAGGGCGUGCGGGUGACGGACGAAGGCACAUACCGCUGCUUUGCCAGGAACAGGGUUGGGGAGGUGGUGGCCUUAGCCAGCCUGACCGUCUUCACACCGGACCAACUCAACCUGACAGACUUUUCCCUGCUGAAGUCCCGCAUGACACCCGAGGACUACGGGGAGAGUGAGGAGGACUACUACUAG